CAGUCCACUGCCAUGGAUCCGCCUGUGUCCCCAUCCACUCUCAUCACUGCUGGAAACAGCCCUUGCAGACCGGAAAGAGUUACUGAUGAUCUGGCGCUUUUCAAGAUCCCACUGGAUGAAUGCGGAGUCCACAGAUAUGAGGUGGGUAAAAUCGUCAUCUACAUGGUAGAGAUCCUGAACAGAGUGCAACCACUCAGUCUAAAUUAUGGCACAAUCACCAGAGAUUCGCCUGUAAGGCUCAUAGUUGAGUGUCGGUAUUUACCUGGAUCAGUGGUGAGUGUGGGUUACCUGGUAAAAAGCCCCUCUCUUGGACCCUCCAUCAAAGCCCAGGGAGUGUUUGGAGUUCAGCUCAGAAUUGCGAAAGAUGAGCACUAUAACAACUUUUACCCACAAUACCACCAGCCUCUGCAAAUGCUGUUGGGGAAACCCCUUUACCUGGAAGUGCGUCUGCUAAACCCUCCGGAUCCCACUGCUAUGCUGUUGGUGCAUUAUUGUGUUGCAUAUCCACGCUCAGCAAAAUCUGCCUGGAUCCUCAUUUAUGAUGGGUGCCCAAAUCUUCUUGAUCAGACCCCAACCUAUGAUCCUUCAGCUGCACUUGAAGAGGCUCUGACCAAUCACGUCAAACGAUUCACAGUGACCACGUUCCAGUUCCUGUCUGAGGAUACCAAUAUGGAAGGAGAUGAGGAGAUUUAUUUUAUGUGUUCGACGGAAGUUUGCCUGCCCUCAGAAGGUCCAUGUGUGGAGGGCUGCUUUGCAGAUCCCUCUGACACGAAGUCCUGAAAGAAGGCAGGAGCUGGAAAACACCCAAUUAAAUAUUACCUUUUGUUCUGUUUGACCCUUGUACACAUUCACAUUAAAAUUGACAC